UUUAAGUAAAGACGCUAAGUCGCUAAUGAGUGCAGUUCACUGAGUUCAGUUUAACAGAGUUGUGUCGUGAGUUGUGACGUCUCUGUUAAAAGUUUUAGAUUGAGUAUUUGAGUUUAUCAAUAGAGUUGGUUAUAUAGUAUACUAAUGAAGUAUUUGCGUAAAUUUAUAUAAAGUGACAGAUUUCAACAAACACAGACUCAAACUCUCAAAGUCAAAGCAUUGUUUCAAGUUCCAUAAUCCAAUAUCCAUAUGAGAACAUGUACCCUACUAUUUCAAGUAUGUCAACUAUUUGAAAUUUUAACUGGUUUUAUUGUAGUGUAUAAAAUUUGAAUAAAUUAAACCAUAAUGUCAGCUGCUUCUUUCAAGAAAAAGCAACACAAAUGCAGAAAAUUACAAGGGCUCUAUAAAAAAGACUUGCCAAUGUAUGCUGGUCUGCUCAAACACCUUCAUCAAGAUAUUAAAGAGCUGGAGGGGGAGCUCACAUUUCUAAGGUCAGAGUCAUUUCAGUACACUGCUGCCAUCGACAAAUCAUAUUUGCAGCUGCAAAUUGAGCUUUCUCGCCUUACUAAAAUAAGUCACAGUAGAAAUGCUCUUCACGUGUGUCAUCAACACCUCACCAACGAAGCUUUCCAGUUUCUGUAUCGACAGCUGCUGCUCUACAGGAAGCCACACUGGGAUGUACAAGCUUCUAAAAUCCCUAUCUUGCUAACCAAGUGUGGCUUGAAGGUGUGGGAUGUGCUGCAGUCAUUAUUUAGACUCCCUUGUAAGCCAACUCUCUUGAAGUAUAAAGCUCUAGCUAGGAAAGAUCCUUCUUUAUUUGAUAACUCACUGCUCAUGUACGAGUUGGUUAAAAAACAGCAUAAGAGUUGCUUCAAGCGUGCUCGAAGGAAAGACUUCGGCACACAUAAAAUUGCUCGCACAAAGCUCUCUGUGUCAGAUGUUCUACGAGAUUUCAUUGAGAAAAAUGUUGUCUGCACCACUCGAUGACCAACUUUUGAUUUUUACCUUCUUAAAUCAAUUAGAAAACAGGAAUGUUUAUUUUUUAGUUAAAAUAUCAAUAACUCCUUAUAUGUUUAUAAUAUAGAGGAAGAUAACCAAAGAUUUUUGUUAAAAUGGAAGUUGAAGUUCUGUUGUUGUGAUCUCAAUUUGUUUUCUGAGA